AUGGUAACUCUAGGUAUUGGACAUGAUGUGAGUGCAGAAAUGCAAUUGAAAGAGAUGUAUACAAGAAUCAAAUUCUAUGGAGCAGAUCCCAGUUCCUAUAUCAAUCGAAAUGUUUACGAAAAGGACCUGGGUGGAAAGUUCUUCCACUAUGACAGCAGUAACAACGACGCCGCUGUUUUCCUGGCUUAUAAAAUUCGUCAAAAGAAAAUCGAUUUUCUUUGGGUUGAUUUAAAAGGCCAUGAAUACCGAAUACUGAACCGAUUACAUAGUGACGGACCCCUAGACCGAAAACGAGUUAAAGUAUGCCAAAUCAAUGUGGAUAUGUAUAUGAAUAAACUGGAAGAAAUCAAAAAGUUUUAUGAUUUUGUUUGGAAGAUUUUGGAAGAUAAACGAUGCAUCGUGAUGAAACCAAUAUUUGUUAACGAUCGUUUUAUUCGAGCGUUCCUUGUCAAUGUCGCAGACAGGGAGUGUGCUGAUUUGUUUUUGAGCUGA